AUGAAGUAUCUAAUGCUGUCAUCUCUUAUGCCGGAAGUGGUUGGUCGACAGCAGAAGCACUCGGAGAUUUGCUCUGACUUCAACAACGCCUACCCCAAGUUGCACGGUGCAGAUGUCGACGUAUACCCUUGGCUCAUGCAAUUGUCGAGCAACCAAUGGCUCAGUGCCCCAGGUGCUCUCAUGGGGUAUGCCGCCACCGGUGAUUCGGAUCCUAGUGUUCACAGGGCUGUUCGGAAAUACUUCCGGCGGUACCGGCCAGUGGCGCCGAUGAUCGCCGCGGAGGAGCUGCACCGCGUGUUCGGGUACGAGGAGCCGUGGUUGCAUGCGUUGUUGCACGCGGUCGCGAAGUGGAUCGGCCUUGCGGCUCUGAUCAACACGAGUUUCAAUUCAAAGGGCAAGCCGAUCACGAACUCUGUUACAGAGAGCUUACAGAUGCUGUCAGAACUGCCAGAGUUGGAUUAUGUGCUUAUCGAGGACUGGUUAUUCCGU